UUGAACGCAGCAUAAGUGCUUGUUCCAGAAGACGUGGGGCUAAAAAAGGAUCGGCAUAUAUAUCGGCCUCCAAGUCUGCCCAUACUCACUUUCUCUUCAAUCGAUUGGGGUUUUCUUCCAAUUUUUCCUCCAUUUCAGAUGUCUAGCUUAUAAAGGCACACUUGACAAGAACAGCCGAUAGAACAUUGGUAAUAUUCCUGAUCGUGUGGACUGAGCCAUGGCAUGGUUUAGAGCUGGUUCCGGCAUGGUAAAGCAUGCAAUCAGGAGAACUCUUUCUCAGGGUGGAUCAUCAUAUUAUGCAACAAGGACCAGAGUCCUUCCAUCACAACAUCGACAGUUUCACACGACAGUUUUCAAAUCAAAAGCGCAAAGUGCACCAGUGCCUCGUGCUGUUCCACUCUCUAGGUUGACUGACAGCUUCUUAGAUGGGACAAGCAGCGUCUACUUAGAGGAGCUUCAAAGAGCUUGGGAAGCUGACCCAAACAGUGUUGAUGAGUCUUGGGACAAUUUCUUCAGGAACUUUGUUGGUCAGGCUGCAACCUCCCCUGGAAUUUCUGGCCAAACAAUUCAGGAGAGUAUGCGUUUGCUUUUACUGGUAAGAGCAUACCAGGUUAAUGGCCACAUGAAAGCCAAAAUAGACCCUUUGGGCUUGGAAAAACCAGAAAUCCCUGAUGAAUUAGACCCUGCCCUUUAUGGCUUCACUGAAGCUGAUCUUGAUAGGGAAUUCUUUGGGGUCUGGAGGAUGUCUGGAUUCUUGUCUGAGAAUCGUCCAGUGCAAACCCUUAGAUCCAUUUUAACACGCCUUGAGCAAGCUUACUGUGGAAGCAUAGGGUAUGAGUACAUGCACAUUGCAGACCGGGAGAAAUGUAACUGGCUUAGAGACAAGAUUGAAACCCCUGCACCUACACAGCUGAAUCGGGAACGUCGUGAGGUUAUUCUUGACAGACUUGCUUGGAGUACACUCUUUGAGAACUUCUUGGCCACCAAGUGGACAUCAGCAAAGAGAUUUGGGCUUGAAGGGGGAGAAACUCUUAUUCCGGGCAUGAAAGAAAUGAUUGAUCGGGCUGCAGAUCUUGGGGUGGAGAGCAUGGUUAUGGGAAUGGCACAUAGGGCGAGAUUGAAUGUUUUGGGUAAUGUAGUUCGCAAGCCACUACGUCAGAUUUUUAGUGAGUUUAGUGGUCAGACUCAGGAUGAAGUUGGGCUCUACACUGGAACUGGUGACGUUAAAUAUCACUUGGGGACUUCUUACGAUCGCCCAACUAGGGGUGCAAAGAGGAUACAUUUAUCUUUGGUUGCAAAUCCUAGUCACUUGGAAGCAGUGAAUCCAGUUGUCAUUGGGAAAACUAGAGCAAAACAGUAUUACUCAAAUGAUGUGGACAGAACCAAAAACAUGGGUGUUUUGAUUCAUGGAGAUGGUAGCUUUGCUGGACAAGGUGUAGUCUAUGAAACAUUGCAUCUUAGUGCUCUUCCAAAUUAUACGACUGGUGGGACUAUACACAUUGUUAUCAACAAUCAAGUUGCAUUUACAACUGAUCCAAGAUCUGGCAGGUCUUCACAGUAUUGCACUGAUGUUGCCAAAGCUUUAGAUGCUCCCAUCUUCCAUGUAAAUGGUGAUGAUGUGGAAGCAGUUGUUCAUGCCUUUGAACUUGCAGCUGAGUGGCGCCAGGCUUUCCAUUCAGAUGUGGUUGUUGAUUUAGUAUGCUACCGUCGAUUUGGACAUAAUGAGAUUGAUGAACCAUCCUUCACACAGCCUCAAAUGUACAAGGUCAUCCGGAAUCAUCCAUCAACUCUUCAGAUCUAUCAGAAGAAGCUUUUGGAAUUGGGAGAGGUGACACAGGAUGAUAUUGAUAAGAUACACAAGAAGAUCACUUCAAUUCUGAAUGAAGAAUUUUUGGCAAGCAAAGAUUAUGUUCCGAAAAGAAGAGAUUGGCUUUCAGCUUAUUGGUCUGGUUUCAAGUCACCUGAACAACUUUCACGUAUUCGGAACACUGGUGUGAAACCAGAGAUCUUGAAAAAUGUCGGGAAAGCAAUCACAGUCUUACCUGAAAAUUUCACUCCUCAUAGAGCAGUGAAGAAGAUUUAUGAACAACGUGCCCAAAUGGUGGAAACUGGUGAGGGUAUUGACUGGGGAUUUGCAGAGGCACUUGCUUUCGCUACUUUGGUUGUUGAAGGUAAUCAUGUUCGCUUGAGUGGCCAAGAUGUUGAAAGAGGAACAUUCAGUCACCGCCAUGCUGUACUUCAUGAUCAGGAAACUGGGCAGAUAUAUUGCCCCCUGGAUCAUGUUAUAAUGAACCAAAAUGAGGAGAUGUUUACUGUUAGCAACAGCUCUCUUUCUGAGUUUGGUGUCCUCGGAUUUGAAGUGGGUUACUCAAUGGAAAAUCCUAAUUCGUUAGUAAUCUGGGAGGCUCAAUUUGGUGACUUUGCUAAUGGGGCUCAAGUGAUAUUUGACAAUUUCGUGAGUUCUGGUGAGGCUAAGUGGCUUCGUCAGACUGGGCUCGUUGUGCUUCUUCCUCAUGGUUACGACGGUCAGGGUCCUGAGCAUUCAAGUGGCAGAAUGGAACGCUAUCUUCAGAUGGCUGAUGACAAUCCUUAUGUUAUUCCUGAGAUGGAUCCAACCCUUCGUAAACAAAUUCAGGAGUGUAAUUGGCAGAUUGUGAAUGUCACUACUCCUGCCAAUUUCUUCCAUGUUCUGCGGCGGCAGAUACACAGAGAAUUCCGUAAACCUCUCAUUGUAAUGUCUCCUAAGAACCUGCUUCGUCAUAAGGAUUGCAAAUCAAAUUUAUCUGAGUUCGAUGAUGUCCAAGGCCACCCAGGUUUUGACAAACAGGGAACAAGAUUUAAGCGCCUCAUCAAAGACCAGAAUGACCACUCAAACCUGGAGGAGGGUAUUAGGCGUCUGGUCCUCUGUUCUGGAAAGGUUUACUAUGAACUUGAUGAUGAACGAAAGAAGGUAGAUGCAAAAGAUGUUGCAAUUUGUAGAGUGGAACAACUUUGUCCUUUCCCUUACGACCUUGUUCAGAGAGAGCUUAAACGAUAUCCAAAUGCUGAGAUCGUUUGGUGCCAAGAAGAGCCAAUGAACAUGGGUGGAUAUACUUACAUUUUGCCACGACUUAUAACCGCCAUGAAGGCUGUUGGAAGGGGAGGGUAUGAUGAUGUUAAAUAUGUCGGUCGAGCUCCAUCUGCAGCCACAGCUACUGGUUUCUACAAGGUUCAUCUGAAGGAGCAGGCUGAGCUUGUUCAGAAAGCCAUUCAACCCGAACCACUCAGCUUCCCUUACUGAAAGUGAAAAGGCUUCAAGGAUGCAUCACCAUUGAAUAGCACUUGGACGAUGCUUCAUCACACUAUUUGGAAGGUGGCCUCUGUCUCUCAAUGUUUGCAUAGUUCACACGAUUCUGUGCUGCGCUACUUUUGACAAAAAAUUGGGAUCAGCUUAUUUUCGUGAUAGUAUACUUACUUUGCGGGUACUAGUUCUGGAAAAUCAAAAAUGGGCAGGCUUGCUGCCUUGUAAGUUGAAGAUUCUGAUGAAACUUCGGAUUUUUUUUUUGAUAAACAAAAUCAUAUAUAGUUCGCAAAUGCAUCAUCUUGAAGAGUUUUUGUGAGUUGUGAAUUGUGAUGUUUGGAGGCAUUGCUUGGUAGAAGAGCCUCUGGAACUUGUCUCCAAUAAAUGAAAUUAAUUACUUGUCAA